AUUCUCUCCUUUGUCGAGUGUCCAAUCGCCAAGUCUGCUAAUUCUUGGACACUGGAUAAACAUGAAUUCUUCCAUCAGUCCGGUCAUUUCGUCAGCCUCGUCAAACCACGAAAAGGUCAACUGCGGGGUCUUGGAUCUUCCAGUUGAAAUCAUUGCUGCUAUUUGCAGUCAUCUCCCCAACUCGUCGAUAAAACACCUCCGUCUGUCAUGUGCCUUCUUCUCAGUCACAGCGCGUCUUCAAAUUGAACGGGUUUUCCUCUCAGCUCAUCAGCGCGACAUCGAGGUGCUGCACUCUGUUGCCAACAGCGAGAUCCUGCGCUCCCGGGUAGUUGAGAUUAUCUACGACGAUGCACUCCUAGCUCAUGGGGGUACGUCUUUUGAAGAGGAUGAAUGGAUUCUUCACUUGGCGCCGGAUGAUGUCCAAGAAGAGGCAAGCAUGCCGGAUUGGUUCAAUUUUAUUUGCACUCAGAACGAGAAGAUUUUGAAACAACAAAAGUCUGAACAUGCUGAUCAGCUACUGUCUCAGUCUGACAGCUGGUCUUAUUACCGGAAACUCCUCCAGCAACAGGACGAGGUGCUCAAUUCAAAUGCCGUCUUGCAUGCUCUAGAAACCGGACUUGAGUGGUUUCCAGCCCUACGAAGGAUCACAAUCACACCUGCUGCUCAUGGAUGGCUAUUCGAACCGUUGUACAUGACGCCUACAAUCCGAGCUUUUCCUCAUGGCUUCAACUACCCCGUGCCCUCAGGUUGGUUACCCGAGACCGCAGAUGCGUGGUUCGAGCUGAGUGAGUGGGACGACGCUGGGAUUGAAUAUUGGGGCCUCCGUCUCGUCAUGCAGGCUCUGGCAAGAAGCAAACAGAGCCAUCAGGUCACAGACGUCCGCAUUGAGGCAAACGAGCUGAUAACGGGUCUCAACUCCCAUAUACUUGGACAGCCUGGCAUCGCCUUGACAGACUUGGCUACUACGAUCGCUCGCCCUGCAUUUCGCCAUCUCCAUCUUGAUCUCUUCUGGGAGGAAAGAUAUGGUUACAGAUGGCCAGGAGUUGACAACGAUCUCCUGGGGUGCGCAUUGGCGGGCGCCGCGGGAGGCAGAGGCCUAGAGUAUCUAAGCCUGGCCAUGAAUGGAUGGAUCGUGGAGGAUAAUCUGGAGGACAACCAUUCCCCUUUUCUCCAGAAAUUUAUCCCUCCGGAGAGCUUGGCAAGUUUGAAGCACUUUCGCCUUUCUGGAUUCUAUGUUAAUUCAACCGAUUUGCUCACACUUCUGGCCGCGCUCCCAACCACGCUGGAGAGGGUUGAACUUAUCCUCCUUCAGUUCAUUGAUGGGAGCUACGAAGAACUCUUGGUGCAAAUGAAGAAUCGACUCGACUGGAGAAACCGAAAUCCAAGGCCAGUCAUUGGCAUUGGCUUUCCCGACACCAUCUUGAUCCAGGAACAAGCGAUCUGCAUCGAUGACGAAGUGAACUCGUUUAUUUACAACGACGGAGAAAACCCUUUCCUUGGGCAGCCGGGCGAGAGAGAAAUCGCACGUCUGAUGAGAGCCCAGGUGGGGAGAGUACCUUGGGCAAACCAAGCGCGGUGGCCUUUGUCAGAUUCAUGAGAUAAAUAAAUCAUCUCCCCGCCAUGAGGGUUUUGUAAUUGAAGCAUUAAUGAGAUUCUUGCGGUAUCUUGUGUAAUAGAAUACAUUUUAUUGGCUAUACAUGACUCGAGAUACUUGGACUCUUUGCAGCUUCAGGGGAUGGGUGUCGCAUCUACGGUAUCAAUUUGAC